GUAGAAAGAAAGAAAGAAAGAAACUUUAAUAUUAUUAAGAAUAGCGUUUUCCACUCUUGUCCACACAGCGUAAAAACAGUUCUAAAAAAUCAUGUCUAGUUUUCAUAAAACAUUGGAUUCGAGAACGAACAUAAUUGGAACAAAAUUAAAGAACAAUUUUCCUUUCGUAUCAUCUGGAAUUCCAUCCUUGGAUCAUAUUGUUGGUGGAGGUUUACCUACUGGUGCUAUUUUUGCAGUAGAGGAAGACGUACUAGGAACAUACAGCAGAGUACUUGCAAAGUAUUUCCUUGCAGAAGGUGUAGUCUGCAAACAUGACCUGUUUAUUGCGACUGCUGAUGAGAACCCACAAGACAUCACUAAAGAACUGCCGCAGCCUUGCACAGCGCCCACUGAAGAUGAAGUGAGUGCAGUCUCUGGUGGUGUGGACAAAAUGAAAAUAGCCUGGAGAUACGAGAGGCUUGGUCAAGUGGAGUCUUCUUUUGGCAGCAACACCAACUUUGGGCACCACUUCGACCUGAGCAAGCACAUAGAUGAAGACACUAUUAAACAAAGCAGCAUAACAUAUUGUGAUCUUAAUUCAAAACAUGAAAGUGUUAAAGGUUUCAAAAACCCGAUCUAUUUUAAUCUUCUGGCUAGGAUAAAAGAAACCGUUUCAAAAGAAGAAUAUCAGAUUAGCAGUAAGAAUAAAAACAUUCUAAGGAUAAGCAUACAGUCUUUGGGAUCUCCAGUGUGGAUGGCAAUGGAUUGUGAAGAUUAUGGUGUAUCCAGUAGCUAUGGGCAGGAUCUUAUUAAAUUCAUGUUCUGUCUAAGAACUAUACUGAGGGACACUAAUGCUGUGGCGUUUGUAACCAUUCCAGCACAUUUGUUCGAAGAUGAUCACAUAAUGAAGCGACUGCUGUAUUCAAUAGACAACGCAGUCAGAAUAGAAUCAUUUGCAGGCUCAAGUCGCGAAACCAACCCAGUUUACAAAGACUACCACGGGUUGUUCCACGUGACCAAGUUAUCUGCAAUCUACUCUUUAGUGCCUUUUGUUCCGCCAAGUCUGGAUCUAGCAUUUAAGUUGAGAAGGAAGAAGUUUGUAAUAGAAAAACUGCAUUUGCCGCCAGAACUCCAAGAAACAAGUGAACGCGAGCAAGACGACAUUACCGCCACGCCGCCGGUGACUUGCGGAGGUUUCAAAAAAAAAGAUAUAGAUUUUUAAUAACAAACAACUUUUGGUAUAUGAAAACUGUAAUUAAAACACUUUAAAAUA